UUUAUUAACACAUAAAAAGACAACUAUUGGACCAUGAAGUUGCUUCACAAAGACAUCGAAAAAGAUAAUGCCGGUCAGGUGACACUGAUACCGGAGGAAGCUGAGGAUAUGUGGCACACCUAUAACCUUCUACAGGUGGGCGAUAGCCUGAGAGCUUCAACCAUCAGGAAGGUGCAGACAGAGUCAAGCACGGGCAGCGUGGGAAGCUCACGUGUCCGUACCACCCUGACGGUAUGUGUGGAAACUAUUGACUUUGACUCACAGGCUUGCCAGCUCCGAGUGAAGGGAACCAAUAUCCAGGAGAAUCAGUAUGUUAAGAUGGGGGCAUAUCACACCAUUGAAUUGGAGCUUAAUAGGAAGUUCACCCUUGCCAAAAAAGUCUGGGACAGUGUUGUGUUGGACAGAAUCGAGCAGGCGUGCGACCCCGCUCAGAAGGCAGACGUGGCUGCUGUGGUCAUGCAGGAGGGCCUGGCCAACCUGGUCCUUGUCACCCCUGCCAUGACUCUGCUAAGGGCAAAAGUUGAAGUCACCAUCCCACGCAAGAGAAAGGGUAGCUGUACUCAGCAUGAGAAGGCUCUAGAACGUUUCUAUGAAGCUGUCAUGCAAGGGAUUCUGAGACACUUCAAUUUUGAUGUGGUGAAAUGUGUUUUAGUGGCUAGCCCAGGGUUCGUGAAAGACCAGUUCAUGGCUUACCUCUUUAGGGAGGCGGUAAGACAGGACUGUAAGAUUCUGCUGGAGAAUAGACCCAAGUUCAUGCUGGUGCACUCCUCCUCUGGACACAAGUACUCUCUCAAAGAAAUCUUGUGUGAUCCAACGGUUACAAGUCGACUUUCUGACACUAAGGCUGCAGGAGAGGUUAAAGCACUAGAAGAUUUUUACAAAAUGCUGCAACAUGAACCUGAUAGAGCCUUCUAUGGGUUGGCUCAUGUGGAAAAAGCAAGUGAAGCUCUAGCUAUUGACACCCUAUUAAUCAGUGACAAAUUGUUCAGACACCAGGAUGUGGCCACUCGGAGUCGUUAUGUUCGGCUUGUAGACAACGUAAAAGACAAUGGUGGAACUGUCAGGGUAUUUUCAAGUCUGCAUGUAUCCGGAGAACAACUGAAUCAGCUGAGUGGCGUGGCAGCUAUCCUGCGUUUCCCCAUAGCAGACCUGUCCGAGGCAGAGGAAGACAGCAGCUCUGAUGAGGAGUGAUAUCAUUACACUGUCUCUGGACUUCACAAACACCAGAAGAAGAAAUCGUUAAGGACGAAUUACAACAUUUUAUAACAUGUGACUUCACAAAGGCUCAAUGAAGCAAUUAUGACAUCAUAAUGCAAAAAAUGGCAUUGAUAUAAAGGUCUCUUGACGGUAUGGAAACUCAGAUAUCAUAUUCAUUAACAGUCAUUUGUAAAUUUAUGCCAACAUCUGAUCUUACAGAUACAUACAGUGCUUUCUCUUAUGGCUUUAUGAAGUGACACAUAGUCAAAUUUGACCAGAGAUUUGUUAGCACAUGCUAACAAAGACAAACACACACAUAAACACACACACACACACA